CCUAUGCAGAAAAAACAAGUGUCAAUUUUUUUGACCUCCAGUUUUUUCCGUGUCUGGCUGGCUGUGAUAAAAUCCGUAGGUUUUUAUACGAUUGUCAAAUGUGGCCUUACAAGUGUGGAUCUUUAAAUUAAUAAUUAAUUUUAGAAUGCGUAUAGAGUGCGGUGUAACGGAAGUGCUCUCGUAUUAUCGUUUGCGAUCAGUGCAUUAAGUGUUAUUGAAGGAUCACGAUGCGUAUCGGAAUUGUGUUUUAUUGGUGCGUGUUAGCAUUGCAUCUGUGCAAAGCUGAAGAUGUGGAGAGGACAGAGUCAAGGGAGGGUGCCAGAAGGCCGCAGUGGGGGACAACAGUGCGGAGCGGGUCGUUCGUGAGCGAGGCUGCGAUCGCCGCAUCGAAUGAACAGAUCCUCGUGGAGGCGUGUCACAACGAGCCUGGAUGUCUCCAGGACCGAGCGGGGCUCGAAGCCAUCACGCAACUUCACAAGCAACUAGAUGACGAUGCUAACGGCAACGUCGACCUUAGCGAGAGUGACGAUUUCCUCCGCGAGGAGUUGCAGUAUGACAGCGGGUACGAGAAGCGACAGCGAGCCUUCCACCACAACGAUGACAUGCACAUAUCCGUCAAGGAGCUGUGGGAGGCCUGGCUUAGAUCAGAAGUGCACAAUUGGACGGCGGAGCAGACGGUGGAAUGGCUAACACAGUCUGUAGACCUCCCGCAGUACAGAAGUCUGUUUCUGCAACACAAAGUUACAGGCGCUACGCUGCCCAGGUUGGCAGUGAACAACAUGCAAUACUUAAGCAACGUCCUUGGCAUCAAGGACCCCAUACACAAGCAGAAGCUGGCCCUCAAGGCCAUGGACGUGGUCCUAUUCGGGCCCCCUAAAGAAGGCAGUCGCUGGAAGGACUGGUUGCUGGCGUCGCUGAUGCUCGGAGCCGUCGCCGGCGGCUGGGCGGCGCUGCGGGCUGGUCGCGCCAGUCGGCACCAGGUCCAGAGAAUGCUGAGAGACAUGGAGCAGCUGAGAAGGGCCGAGCUGGCGCUGGAUGAUAUGCAGAAGGAACUUGAGAAGGCGCGGUUGGAACAGGAAAGCGCCACCACAGAGAAGAGAAACCUAGAAAAGAAACUAAGAGAGGCCGGCGACACGCCGCUACUCAACUCCGCCUCCUCAGAUCUUGAGGUCACGCAGCUGAAAGCCGAGAUUGAGAUGUUAAGAGCAGAAUUGAGGCGUGCGGAAGGCGAACUUGAGGACCGGUGCUGGGCGCCACCCUCGGGAUUACAGCAGUGGCUCCAACUCACACAUGAGGUGGAAAACAGGUCGUACCUGCGUAAGAAACAGCAGGCAGACCUACAGCUACAGCAGGCCAGAGAAGCGUGCGAGAAACUCCGCAAGAAGCGCUCGAGUCUGGUCGGAGCGUUUGUAUCUACCCACGGCAAGUCUAUAGACGACGUAGACCGUUCCAUCGUCGAGGCGCGCACUGCGCUCAACGAAGUCACUCAGGAACUAUCGGAGAGGAUGCACAGAUGGAAACAGAUCGAGCGGCUGUGCGGCUUUAACAUAAUCAAUAACAACGGCAUUCAGUUCUUAGAGGGCAUGCUGUACAGGACCUCCAACGGUCGUCCUGGCGCUAGAGUGCGCAUGAGCAGCUCGCAGGACGACCUGAGCGUCGGCGACGACGCGUCCAUCUGCGGCUCAGUGGCCGACAACUUCGGGUGGCGGGAGGAUUCAUCAGGCAGCGAGGCGGACGCACCCCACUAUCCUCUGGACUUGCGGUUGGCUGAAGCUAGGUUACAAUUAGAAGAGCGCUUAGCUCAAGAGGCCCGCGAGCGGCGGAUCGACGACCGUAGAGAAGAGCUGCGAGUGAAGAGCUCCCUCGGCGACCUGCGGAGGAGCCCCGCGGACGAGCGCCGGCGGGCGGACCCCGUGCACUUCAUACUGGGGGGAGACAACGUAAACUGGACAGGCGAAGAGCUAACACGAGCACCGCACUCGCAGUCCCAACCUGCUCUACGCGCCUCCCUCCGCGGCGCCCCGCUCCCCCCGCCGCGCCGCACCCCCGCACAGAUCAUUCGAUCUCGCUCUACUGACAUCGUCGCACUGGAUCCGGACAGAGUGAGACCGACGCUGGCCAAACAGAAGCCUCUGACUGAGAAUUCAAUGAGCGUGGACGCCCCAAGCCCGUCGAGCAUCACGCCUCCUGAGGAGGAAUCCACGGACUCCUCUCUGGUGGAGGAGGACGGGGUCCCCAAGCCGCGGCGGCGGCGCCUCCAUCUGCCCUUCGGCAAGAAGGCCAAGACCCCGGCGUGACCCACACGCCGGCCCACGGUGCGGUAAGGCCCUAGGCUGUAUAAGGCCCGAAAUUAGGAUGGUUAGGGUGGAUAUUGUUUAUAGAAACAAAAAGCAUAAUUCAAUUUUUCCAUAAUAACUAAAACCAUGUAGUUUUUUGAAAUAUAUCCACUGAGUAUAUUUAUAUUUACAAAUACAGUGAAAUCUCGAUAAUCCGGCACUUCGAUGGUUCGGUACAUCCAGUAAUCCGGCACUAAUAUUGGGAUACAAAAAUGAUCAUUCUAUGCCCUAAUUUACUAUGUGCGCUAACAUUUUCGCCAUUCAAUCUCUUUAUUAAUGGCUAAGUUCCAAAUAAGAGUAGUUUUUUUUAUAUAGUAUUUUAGUAAAAUGUAUUUCUACACAUCAAUAAUAUGCAAUUUUCUCUAACUUCCAGUAAUCCGGCUCUCUUGUGUCAGCAUUAGUGCCGGAUUAGUGAGAUUGUACUGUACAUUUAAAACCAAUGAAAAGUCCAUCAAGCCACACUUGUAUUUGCGCUUUGAGUGGCGGAAUGUAAUGUAACUAACGAACCUACCUCAGCCAUCAGUGAAGUUUGUAGGAAAUUCACUUUGAUAUUUUAACUUUGGUUUGUUAUAAAUUAUAAACUUAAUCAUCAUUCAUCCUGCUAUUUGAAAUUAUGCAUUUUGUUUAUAUGACAGAAUGGCACCUCUCGUAACAUAAUGGCAGUACCAUUCUUAAUUACCGUAAUAAAUAAACGGCCUUAUGCGAUUAACACUCCUGACUUUUAGCAGCAUAAUGAAUAGUUACAUUAUUUUUGAAAUGUGACACCUUUAUAUCGACUCCAUAUUAUCUUAUCUCAUUCGCGUGGAAAUUAACUUACACGUUCAAAAAUAUAGUUAAAUCUCGAACGAUAGUGGCGCCAAUAUGUAAAAAAAUAUUUUUGUAUACGACAAUUUUACGUUAUAAGAAUUGACUGUUUCACACUCAUUUCAUAGGUCAAUUUUAUCUACAUGGUUCUAAUACCUUAGAACAGACCAUAGGUCCAAUAGAGUGCUUCCGACAUAUGAAAAUUGCAAAUAUUUAGGGUCCUACCUUUUAGUGAGUGAUUUGAAGGAAUUUGUGACAAUAGGUACUGCAAAAAUUAAAAGCCACUACAUUUGACGAAUACACCUUAUUAUCUGUUUAAUAUAUUAUUUUACCAAACCGUCGGCAUUGCUGCAUUGUUUUUUAUAAGUACUAAAAUCUUAAUGGACUGUAAAUAAAUACAACAUAUAUUUAUGAGUGAGCGAGAAAUAGUUCAAUGUAUUUAGCCCUGAGUGUGUUUAGCACUUUUGCACAUAUGUUACUGUUGUCUACACUUGUUUUGAAUUUAGGUAGAAUUUAUUAUAUUAAUUAAAUAGUUUUAUUAAUUAUUUGUUCCGACGUAUGUACUUAAAGUUGUCGAGUAUUACGAAUGACGGAGUAUUGUGGACAUUGUAUAUAAAUGUAUUUUAUGUAAUACCAUGUGAGAUGCUGUGUCACAUA